AUGGAUGUAGAGGCACUCCUGGCACUCCCAGACCAUAUGACCAACGAGGAAAGCAUCAUAAUUCAAACGCCAAACUCCAGCAACUACUCCUUCUCCAUCAACACGGUGGACAUAUUCACACUAUCUACGCACGCAACAUUUCACCGGUCAGAAGACUCCCUAUCCCCAGUUCAGUCCCUUGUAUCUGCUGGAUUUCUGGGCAAUGUGCCCCACAACCCCUCAAUUGCGAUAUCCCUGCGAACUCUCGAACAUUACCGUCUCCUUCGCUUGCGCAAGCCAUCUCUCAGCAUCGAAGCUUUCGCAAAGGUAAUAUGCGACUCUUACUCGAUUGCUUACCGCCGCUCAUAUCGCACUGCCUUAGCAGACUCGUUUGAUAUAUACCUCACCAUUCUUCGCGAAGUCGGGAGACAAGUGGACACGGCCCUUGGGCAUGAUACACCAAAUUGGCGGGUACUCAAUGCAUGUGCCCCAUGCUCCUAUGAACUGAAUGGUGAAUCGCCGCUCAAGUUUACACGUAUGUAUGUGAUGGAUGGUGGGAAUUCUGCCAAGCGUAUGAUGGGCAUUGGUGACCGACAAUGUGGUGACACCCGGGUGUAUACUGAGAGUGACUACAAGCUUCCACACACCUUUGUUGAUCGCUUCGCUAACGAAGUGCUGCAAUCUCGCUCUGCACAUCGGGACAAUGGUCACCCUGAUGAUAUCGUCUCUGAUGCCAAAGAAGACGUCCCCCACACACACAUAAUUGCUGAAGAUUGCAGUAAAAACUGGAAGGCGGCGGCAGACGAAGAUAAGAAAAGGAUGUGGGCAAUCUUUGAUGAGACAGGGAUCUUCGUCGCAGCCUGUAGACAUGGAUUCAUCUUAUGGUAUGCGGAUAUGAUUAAGAGUGGCGAGUUAGCGAAGUAUCCAUUGGCGAUCGUCGCCAAAGUCCUUGAAGUCAUCGGAGAGCGCACACUUGGUGCUUAUGAUAUUGGUUGUGGAUUCUCAUCUACAGUUCGUGCUUCGUCGUUGGGUACUACCUUCAUGGAAAUGCAGUCACGCUUGUGCGUUGACUCGUUCCAUGGUUACGCACACAAUUACGUGUGUCAAACACAGCAUCAUCCCCUCGGCAUUGAAGGCACGGGACUUGAAGACUUUGGUGUUGCCGAGCGCAUCUUCAGCGCUUCAAAUGCGCUAGCACCUGUUAUUCGUUAUGCCAGUGCCUACCGCCGUCAUGUGUUCCUGGACCUGUUCUUCAAGCAGUGGGAUGAAGACAAGUAUGCGAACCUCGGCACCAUGCUACUCAAUAACUAUCGGCAAGCGCUGCACAUCAUAUCAUCAGAGACUGUAGCAUUGGAGGAGGCAAAGACUUCCCUUGGUAUACAAGACAGUGACCUUGUGAAUUGGCGAGCUGAAGAGAUCCACUACUUCCAGACACUUGGGAAGGAGCCUGAGUGGGAUGCACAUGCCGUUGUGUAUGUUGAAUUGCUUCAACAAAUGCAAGCGCUCGAGUGCGAAGCUUCUGCAAGCUUCAAUCGCUUUGUUUCUGCUGUCCCACAUGACUAUCAGUUCGCGGCUCUUGGUAUUGUGAAUCGCUGGAACAUGUCAUCGCCCGAAUAUCAAGACACUUUAAAAUACUUGACGCUUCGCAAGUAUCAUAAGGCCCUCGAUAAUCUGCAACGUCUUGUUGUGCAACAUUUGUUUGAAUUGCAAAGGCUUAAUGUCUCACAAACCGGUCAGUUGAUGAUUCAUCCAUUGAAAUCUAUCCAGAAUGCCGUCAAGAAAUAUAAUGAGGCAGCAUCAGAAUUGCAACCGCCACGUCCCCCACUUGAGUGGUCAAAGGUUUCACAUUUCAGCUUCCUUGACGAAUUCAAUCUACUUCGCGAAACCCGACAAGACAUUCGCGAGAAGCCAUGGACCAAGCCUGCAAUUCGAGAGACUAUCCGCCAAUAUCUGCGCAUUCAACGCGCAAAGGAGGAGGUUAUUCGUUGUAAUGUUGAAGUGCAUCGCUUACACACUGCAAUCGUUGUUGAGAACGAAGCAUUCGCCCGAAUACUCGAUGCACUCAAGAUGUCUAACUCGCCUAUCUUUGUGGCCGUCCAACAACUCUUGUCGCGCAUUUCCCAGAUUCAUCGUCUUGACGGUUUUAGUGGUGACAAGUCUUUUGGUGUUAGAAAGGGGUCUAGCAGUGUUGAAAUUCCCUCCACUGUGACAACAGAUCAGCUGCUCGAGAAUGACGAGACCGAAGGACUAGAUGAGGAUAACGAAUUGGAGCGGGACAUAGGGACUCUCGUAGAAUUUAUCUCUGACAUGGUGCUGCGUCCUUGA